CUGAUGCCAAUGAAUGCAUUAAACACGUUUCACUGAUUCUGUCUUCUGCUAUUCAUGCUGAUUAGAUGUGGAGCCUGCGUAUCUCAGGAGAGAGGCUUUUGCGUACUGUGGGAGUGACUAUAGUGUUGUCAACAGUAUUCCAGAGAUUAUGAAUAUUCAUGAACAGCUGAGGCAGGGCUGUGCCUCUGGAUUUCUACACUCCUCUCUCACAGACACAGGCUCAGAUCAGCCAUUAUCACCAUUGUAUGCUUUCAGCAGCUAUUAGUGGGAAUGCAGUAGCUACCCCCAACAUCGCUUUCUUGCUGGAUACUGUCCAUGGAAUAGGAUGCUCGGCUAGGAAGAGCAUUGCAUCACUGCAUUCCAUCUCCUUCCGGGAGUCCACUGGCAUCAGACUCACAGCUUUGCAGGUUACCUGAAAGGGAGAGUGCUUUAAAAUGGAGGCCCCUCUGGUGUGCCUAGAUGAGGAGUUUGAGGACAUCCGGUCUUAUUCUGAAGACCGGCAAGAAAAAUCUAGGGGAAUGUACAUGACAUCUUCAAAACACAUUGAGGAUGCCUCACUCUCAGAGCUGGAAAACUUCAGUUCUGAAAUAAUCAGCUUCAAAUCAAUGGAAGAUCUUGUGAAUGAGUUUGAUGAAAAGCUUAAUGUUUGCUUUCGGAAUUAUAAUGCCAAAACUGAGAACUUGGCACCUGUAAAGAAUCAAUUACAGAUUCAAGAGGAAGAGGAGCGCCUAAGGGAUGAAGAGGUCUGGGAUGCUCUCACUGACAAUUAUAUUCCACUAACGGGAGAGACGUGGAGAGACCAGAGCCUUGAAUCACUGAAUGGAAACAUGUCAGACUCUGAGUUCCAUGAAAAAGAUGAAGAAGAGCUGAAUGAGAAAAGUGAACAUGAUUCAGGCAUUAUUGAGGAGCCCUUAAUUACUGCAGAUCAGGUUAUUGAAGAAAUUGAAGAAAUGAUGCAGAAUUCUCCAGAUCCUGAAGAGGAAGAUCUUGAUGAUGAGGACCAUGACACUGAAAAUAUUUCUUCACAUUCUGACUCAGUUCUCCUUCAGGAGAUGCAAGCUUUGAGUCAGAAUUUUAACAAUAAUUGGUCCACUGAAGGUCUGCAGCACAUGACCAGUAUGGAAUUGUCAGAACUUCUGGACAGGGUUGAAAGAGCCAUAUGUGAUUAUUCAGAGGAGUUGGUGCAACAGUUAGCUCGACGAGAUGAGCUAGAAUUUGAGAAGGAGGUGAAGAACUCCUUUAUCACUGCUUUGAUUGAGGUGCAGAACAAACAGAAGGAGCACAGGGAGUUGGUAAAGAAGAAGAGAAAAGACAAAGGAAUGAGUUUGCACAUUAGUCGUGCAGAGAACAAUGGGCAGAUGCCAAUGAAGCGUUUUAGCAUAGAAGGACUCUCCAAUAUUCUCCAGUCAGGGAUCAGACAGACCUUUGGAAACUCUGGAAAUGAUAAGCAGUAUCUAAACACAGUGAUACCAUAUGAGAAGAGAGGGACCCCUCCAUCAGUUGAGGACCUGCAGAUGCUGACUAAUAUACUUUAUGCCAUGAAGGAAGACAGUGAAAAGGUUCCAAUGUUGUUAACUGACUACAUUUUAAAAGUGCUCUGCCCUACUUAAGGUGUUGCAUGGAAAGAAGACUGUCAGAAAAAAAGAAGUUUUACAUUGGCCGAGGACUGCAUGGCAUAACAGAACUUCCAACUGUACAUUUACAACUGCAUAGCAUUAAUCCAAAUUACCAGGAGGCAUUGUAAGAUACACAUUGCUUUCGUGUCCUUUAACCAUUCUCAGCUCUAAGAAGCAUUUUCAUAAACAAUGUCCAAUAUAAGAGAAACCAUAAUAUUUUGUGUUCUUAUAUACGACUGCAGGGACGGCAGACCUAAAGGAAUGCAAUCUGUCAUGACAUCUUUUUCCUGGAAAACACACAUUGUUCAUGCAUUGUGCAUACCUGUGCCACAACAUGUGUACCAGAGGGCUGUAAUAAAACAUGGUCUUUCAGUAUUCUUGGCAUCUGAAUAGGAUUAUACAUAUAAUUUUGUCUUGGUUAGGAAGAAUGCUCUGCUGUGCACAUAUAAUUUGCACAUAACUAAACUGCAGGUCGAAGUUUUGUCUUUCAGAAUAUCUGUAUGAUAUUGUGAAGUGUAAAUAAAAUGUAGGUAGAAGAAGAAAAGUGAAGCCUAGGCUGGAUUAUUGAUAUGCAGGGCUAUAAAGGGGUUAAUACCGAAAUAAUGAAAGGUUGUUCAGUGUUACACAAUAUUUCCUUUGACUUUCAAAAGAGAAGACUUUUGCACAUCUGCAUGUGGAAUGUUUAAAAAAAAAACCUAGUUAAAGGCAGCCAGGUUUCGCUCACAUACAAAGUUGUAUUUUGAAAGGUGAGCUGAGUUCUUUAGUACAAAAUAGCUAAUUUACAAAAAAUAGAAAAAAACCCCCCUUAAGGCCAGCUUGUAAAACCUGACCUGUUUGUCAUUCGUAGCAACUAGCACUGGAAACUUUGAUCUGCAGUUUCAUUGGUAGAAACAGCUAUAGGUUUUUUUUACAAUUAUUACUAUUAUUUCUCGAAUUACUGCUCAGUGCAGGAAUGCAAACUUUUCUGUAACACUUUCACAAUAUUAAUGUUAUGCUCCUUUUUCAACAAAUUUCGUCAGGGUAACUGUUCAGUGUAAACUUUAUGUUACAAUACCAAAUAACUUGCUUUAACAUGUAUUAUUAAGUAUUCUCAAUGGAUAAGAACCAUCAAUUGUCAUUAUUGUGGCCCUUUUGUAUUAUUUGACGUAUUUCUCAUUGUCUCCAUUACAAUUUAACAUAAUGCAGCAAUAUAGUACCUCAAGAAUGAGAGGGAGAAAGGAAACUGAACCCAGUUGUCACAUGGGGGUUUGGGUUAAAAGAAGAUGACUGUACAUUGUAGUGUAUUAGAAUGUGUCUUGCAGUGUAUUACAUGAUAGCAUAAUAAAUCUGGUGAAGUGUACAAAUAGCUCUAUCCUGUGUAAUCUCUGAGAAAUGAAAAAUGUCAUAUUUUCUGUAGAUUUGUGUAUUUUCUGGGGAUACAACUGUGUAAAAUAAAUCGAAUUAAGUUCUGCUUACUCUACAUUCUGUCCCGAAACACUUUUAACAGUGUACUUAUAAUAAAGGACAAUGCAGUCCCAAGCGUAUCUUGGUAAAUGCUUUUAAUUCCAUUAAAAAGUAAAAUGAA